AUGUCCAAAACUUCGGAUCCUUUGGUCAAGAUUACAUCGGAAUCCUUUGCCGACGAAGAGUCCAUCAACGGUCUGCUGCAGCGGCAUUGCAAAGAUGUGCCGAGCGAUGCCAUCAAGAGUGGCGCAACGUGGUUGGCUUUGGCCAUGUUUCGAUACUACAGAGAGAGAUGGCAUCGUCCCAUGGGUCCCGUCACAUUUGAGUAUGGGAAUCUGACACUUACAUCCUACACAUGCUGCAAAAUCAACCACUGGUCAAAAAGGAUCACGAAGGUGUUGGACAAGUUGGUUCCGGAGGCAAACGGCAACGCACCAGGAGCGACGCUCGCCAUUUCCCACGAAGACGUGUGGCAGAUUCAGAGAUACAUGGUUCGUGCUUGGGCACACAACGUCGCUCUCUCCGACGGUGAAGACGGUACGGAUAAGUACAACAUCUUUUCCGGGGGUCCGAUCGCGCCAUUUUCAAACCAAGGCUUGUCUCUUCAACGGUAUGCGCCGCUCCUCAGCUUUGGGUUCGUCUUGGACGGCUCCGGGUGCUAUGCAUGGCUUCCGACAGCCAUCCCGGAGCAUCUUCUGUUCGAGACUUUUGGCGAGAUGAGCUGUGAGUUGGCGGACCUUGCUACAGUCUAUUUCGAGGAGGGCGAUGAGGGUGAUUGGGAAGACUGGCCGGAGGACGAGGAGGACCAAGGUGACCAAGCCUAA